AUGCGGGCCGGCGGCGGCUCGGACCCGGAGCCGAGGGAGAAUCUGGGCUCCCGUGGUUCCGGGGGUUCACGGAGCCUGGUGCUGUCGGCUCUUCUCAGCAGCAGCUCGCCCCCGACUGGCGCCCAGUUCCACUGCAAGGACCCCGCUGGGGGCUCGGCCCCAGUCAAGACCGUGGUGGCGGCGGAGGGUCCCGCCUCCUGCCUCCCUCGGAACGUGCUCAGCGAGAGGGAGCGCAGGAAGCGGAUCUCGGUGAGCUGCGAGCGCCUGCGGGCCCUGCUGCCGCAGUUCGAGGGCCGGCGGGAGGACAUGGCUUCGGUCCUGGAGAUGUCGGUGCUGUUCCUGCGGUUCGCCGGCCCCGCGGCGCCCGGUGGGGAGCAGCAGGCUGUCGUCCCUCCCUCCGAGGACGUGUGGUGGUGCAGGUGGCAGGAGGACGUUCUGCAGCUGGCCCUGGCGCGUCAGAGCUCCACAGGCGCCCUGGGCCCUGGGAAGGGAGCACCUGUGACCAUGUCCGUGUCCCCUGUGGGUGGGGUGCUCAGGGGCUGCGGGUGCAAGCCCCUCAGGGCCCCUUUUGUCUCCGCCCCAUCCAGGCAGCAGGACCCCCCGAGCUGUGCGACCACAGGUGUGGACCGGGGCAAGGCCCCCACGGCGGGGGCCGAGGUGCGGGGCAGGCCAGCAGCACCCCCUGCUCCCCGAGAGCGGCCCCCACACCGUGGCGGCUCUCCCUGCCUGUUCCUUGGUGGCACUGAGGCCGAGGUGUGGGUCGUGGACACAAGGCUGCCCCCCGCCACGUGGGGGUCCUUGCUCCCUGAUGUGGCCCCCAGCCAGGCCCACAAGGAGCCUCUCAUGCUGGACCCCUGCCCAGCUGUCACUCUCUGGACCAUGGCUGCUGGUGACGGCAUUCCAGCCGCCUGGACGUGUUUCCCCGUGCCAUGGUCCCCGGGAGCCACAGGAGGCGAGACCGCCUUCCCACUCCCUGGGCCGUCCGGCCUGGCACCACGGACCCCAGGCCCGAACCCCUCCAAGGUCCUGAGGGCGCCCCCGGCCUGGCCUCCCUGCUCUCGGCAGCCAGCCGUCCCCCUGAUGAGCGAGGAGGCUGAGAGCUGCCUGGGCCAGGCGGGGCCCCUGGCCGAGGGCACCGACCAGGCUGUGCCGCCAGGCACCAGGUGGGUCUCCGGCUGGCAUGUGCACCAUCCGGCCCUGCCCGUUCCGGAAGGUUCUGCCCCUCACUCCCUCACCACGCGUGUGUGCAUGCCGGCGUGUGACGUGGAGGACGGGCUGUCCUUCCCGCUGACCGCCAGUCCUGAUUGGUGGCUGGGGUCCCUGGAGGGCAGAGGCAGCGGUGCCCUCGCUCAGGCCCCGGCCAGGAGCAGCCCGCCGGACAGGACGGAGCCGGGCUUCCUGGCGGACCCCGAGCCCGGCUCCCAGGAGCUCCCGGACGGCGCCCUGGAGGUGUGGGGCUGGGACGUGGGCUGCACCAGCCUGGCCCUUCGGGACGAGGGGGAUGGCAUCUUCCCCGACUUCUUGCCCUACUAGGCAGCCAGGGGUGGGCCUCAGGAGCGGCGUGUGCA